UUGUACUCUUAAAUCACAACCACCUUUGAAAUUCCCUCUACCGCAUAUCUUCCGGAAGUGCAAGCAUGGGAAUCAACAGAAACAGGGAACCAUUUCCUGGAUAUACCAUGAGAAUACAAGAUAAAGAUUGUCGUGUGCAAUGUCGAUUUAGUUCACUGACAAAUUUGAGACUGCCAAUAUCUGUAUUUUUCCUUUUUGCAAUCAUUUCUUAUGCCGCUGCCUAUGAUCCACUGGAUCCGAAUGGUAAUGUGACGAUCAAAUGGGACAUUGUAUCUUGGACUGCAGACGGUUACGUGGCAGCAGUAACCAUGAACAAUUUCCAAAUGUAUCGACACAUAAUGACUCCUGGCUGGACAUUAGGAUGGGCAUGGGCAAAGAAAGAAGUGAUUUGGUCAAUGAUUGGAGCUCAAACAACUGAACAAGGAGAUUGUUCCAAGUUCAAGGGAAAUGUCCCACAUUGUUGCAAGAAAACUCCAACAGUUGUCGACUUACUGCCCGGAGUACCUUACAACCAACAAUUUACCAACUGCUGCAAAGGAGGAGUAGUUGCAUCAUGGGGACAAGAUCCAUCUGCCUCUGUCUCAGCCUUCCAAGUUAGUGUUGGGCUUGCAGGAACUUCAAACAAAACGGUUAAAUUGCCAAAGAAUUUCACUCUGCUUGGUCCUGGACCAGGUUACACUUGCGGUCCUGCGAAAAUUGUUCCACCUACAACAUUUCUCACAGCUGAUCGCCGAAGAAAAACUCAAGCAUUGAUGACAUGGAAUGUAACCUGCACUUACUCACAGUUCCUGGCAAGGAAGAAUCCGAGCUGUUGCGUUUCUUUCUCAUCUUUCUACAACGAAACGAUUACUCCUUGUCCAUCUUGUGCUUGUGGCUGUCAAAACAAACAUAACUGUGUCAAAAGCGAUUCGAAGUUGCUGACCAAGGUGGGAGUGAAUACACCAAGAAAAGAUAACUCACCGUUGCUGCAGUGCACACAUCAUAUGUGCCCAAUAAGGAUCCACUGGCAUGUCAAGCUCAACUAUAAGGAUUACUGGCGUGCGAAACUCUCAAUUACGAAUUUCAAUUACCGUCUGAAUUACACUCAAUGGACUCUUGUUGCUCAGCACCCAAAUCUAAACAAUGUUACCCAAGUCUUCAGUUUCGACUACAAGCCGCUCGUUCCAUACCAGUCCAUAAAUGACACCGGAAUGUUUUAUGGCAUGAAAUUUUACAAUGAUUUACUGAUGGAAGCUGGGCCACUAGGAAAUGUUCAGUCAGAGGUUCUUCUCCAAAAGGACAAGGAUACUUUUACCUUGAAGCAAGGAUGGGCAUUUCCAAGAAAGGUUUACUUUAAUGGAGAUGAGUGCAUGCUACCACCACCUGAUACCUACCCGUACCUGCCAAAUUCUGCAUUUACAAACUCACUGCAAUUAACUACAUUGGCUGCUUCACUGAUUUUCCUACUGAUGGCCAUUGGUUGAUCUUCUUCCAUACGACUUAAGGGAAGCAAAACUCGCAUUUGAAGUUCUGAAGGCAGAAGAAAAACAACAGAAGUAAUUUUGAGCAUUUUCAGCGGCACCGACCAACAAGAAUUGCAGGUACUUUGGAACUGAAUUUUUUUAGAACAGUUGAGAAAGAAUUACAAGUCACCUUAAUGUAGAGAUGUAUUUUGUGUUCAACAGCUCUCUAUUAUAUACACGGAUUGUCUUCAUCUUUUACAAUCACAUUAUAAAUAUACAUACAGUGGAAUCUUCACAUGUAGAGGCUUGACACCUUGUUGUUCUUGCA